AUGAGUGCGCGUGCCCAGCGGAUAUGGCGCGUUCGGGGAGCAUAUCGUGACUCAAGUUUGAAAGAGUUUCGUUGGAGAACGAACAGAACAUCAUUUUACACUUAUUGGACUGUUAAUGAUGGGAAACGAAAGAACAGUUUGAUGGAGUUUGUUCUUACGGAAAGUUCUGGAGGACCAGAUCGACAUGGUAUAAAGCAAAUUAUUGAACAUUAUGGACCGUUAGGACUUAUCGAAAAUAGGACUUGUGACGACACUCAUUACCCAGACAUCUGCGCGUUCCAUAAUACAGAGUCUGGAGACCAGACCCUGUCAUGUAACCCCAAGGUUUGUGGCUCGUCCGCGGUUCGAAUAUCUUCUGUUGAUCCUAAAAUGGGAAAAGCCGUGACGAAGUGGAAACGAUUGUCGAAAAAACAAAUCGAUCGAACAGUUCGAACGGCCGUCAAAACCAAUUUAGAAAGAGGAUUCAGUUUUCUUUUCCUAAGAUGUGGAGAAAUUUUCCAAGUGCUCAGCUUUCCUCCGGUCUUGAAGAAAGUCGACGGCGGCCAAAAGAGAACUAAAAUAAAUUUAAAUGUGAUUCUGUUAGACUCUAUCUCCAGGCCGCAUUUUUACCGAAUUCUUCCAAGGGCUGUAAAGGCUCUGCACGAUAUUUCACACAAUGCUAAGAUUCAGGCUACCGCCUUGGACUUUGAACUUCUCCAGAGCAUCGGACAACAGACAUUUGAAAACAUGAGGCCAUUCUUCUGUGGCGUUGUCGAAGACGAUAACAAAGUUACUGCCUCUGCAAAAAACACCAAAGCCUCCCUGGGUGUGGAGGUGUUGUAUGGGACCUUCAAGAAAUGGGGCUACCAGACGUUCUUUCAAGAGGAUCUUUGUUGGUAUGAUAUUUGGGGGAGUGCUUUAACAGACAUUGGUAAAAGAGCAACACCUCAGUCGGGUUCUGAGUUCAGAGAAAGGUGGAAGGAAUUUCAAGACAAGGUGGCCAAGAAACAAAUUGACCAUCAGGGUAUUACGCACUUUUCAUGCACAGCGUUAGAAAAGAUUCUGAGGAGGACCAACCAUUUUGAUUUUCCCCAGAAAAUCUGUUUAAAUGGCAGGUUUUACAGUUGGUAUUUCAUGGACUACAUAACAAAAGUGUACACGGCUCUUAGAAGCGACGAAAAAGCCAAACCUUUGCUUUCCUACACACAUUUUAAUACUGGACACGAGACUAAUGGUAAACGGAUGAUCAACAUGGACGCCAACAUGGCCAAAUUCUUCAAAGAUAUGGCUUCUUUCCCUGAUACUCUUACGUUGAUAUUAUCCGACCACGGUCACACAAGGACUCCGUUUCGUAACACAAAAGAGGGAGGCAAAGAGUUGUACGAUCCAGUAUUCUUUAUGAUUGUACCUGAUGGCAUUAAGGAAAAACUUGGUCCACGAAGGAUGAACGCGCUGGUCACAAACCAAAAGCGCCUUUUCGCGCUUAAAGAUGUACACAAAGCGUUCAUGAGUUUGUAUGAUCCUCAAAAAAUGGACUCUGAUGAUCAUUCAGUGACAGGAAUCUUUUCAGAGAUUCCACCAAACCGCACAUGCGCAGACCUCGAUAUGCUUCCUUUGACCAGAUGUAAAUGUGAAGGUUUUAAUAAAGAAAUUGAGAUCAAAGAAAAUGCAGAUGACUACAAGUGGCUGGCAGAAUUUGCAGUUGGACAUAUAAAUAAUGCAAUACAAAGGCAACAUAGGGAAGGUAGUGCUAACUCAUCUGAGAAUUAUGGCUAUGGAAACUGUGAACGCUUAGUUGGAAAAUCGUUCUCAAAAGUGAUCAAACGUUUUCGAGGAGAAUUUAUUAUAACGAGUAUGGACAUUCACGUGUUCCCUCCAACCGGAUACAAAAAGGAUGAAGUGUUUAGAGUCUCUGUCAAACAGUUCGCUACACCGAAAGACGGAGUAUUUUUUAUAAAUUCUAUAAGAGUAACGACUUACAGCAAGUUUGCGCCUUGCGCCGACAAGUCAGUUGAUAUCAAGCUUUGCGCAUGCACCAAACAUCAAACCUCUGACCUCACUAAGAAAGGAGUGUUGUUUGAGAAUGGUGUUCCGAGGAAAAUGUUUGGUUCGGAAACAAUUGUAAAGGAUCUGGACUCCAACUGUUUGUUGUUCUUAAGACGAGAUUACGGAACGUUUGCUUUUGCGUUAGAAGUAGCCAACGUUUGCACAGAUAUCACUUAUAGAUUUAGCAUGACAGGCUCAACGGAUCAAAGGGUUUUCACCAAGACUUUGCCAAUCUCUCUUGAGUUACCACCCAAAACCUUUCAUUUUCUAACAUCUGUUUCCAAGUAUGUCGUAAAGGUAGAUAGCGACCUUAAUCUAAAAGCAAGCAUACAUGUUAAAAACGGGGAAUCGAAUACCUUCCACUUUUUAAGAACUGCUCGGGUUUUGUAA